GGGGCCGGCGCUGCCCGGGACGGGUCUGGGGCGCGGAUCUGCAGCCCGAGCCACCAUGUCGGACAAGAUGUCCAGCUUCCUCUACAUCGGCGACAUCGUAUCCCUCUACGCCGAAGGUUCAGUCAACGGCUUCAUCAGCACGCUGGGAUUAGUGGAUGAUAGAUGUGUGGUUCAGCCAGAGGCAGGGGACCUCGCUAACCCUCCCAAGAAGUUCAGAGACUGCCUUUUCAAGGUGUGUCCUAUGAACCGGUAUUCAGCACAAAAGCAGUACUGGAAAGCCAAACAGGCGAAGCAAGGAAACCACACAGAAGCAGCAUUACUUAAGAAACUACAACAUGCAGCAGAACUAGAGCAGAAGCAGAAUGAAAGUGAGAACAGAAAGUUGUUGGGUGAAAUCGUCAAAUACAGCAAUGUUAUACAGUUACUGCACAUAAAAAGCAACAAAUACCUCACGGUCAAUAAGAGAUUACCAGCUCUGUUGGAGAAGAAUGCUAUGCGGGUCUCACUGGAUACUGCAGGGAAUGAGGGGUCCUGGUUUUACAUCCAGCCAUUUUGGAAACUGAGGAGUGAAGGGGACAAUGUUGUUGUGGGGGAUAAAGUUGUACUGAUGCCAGUCAAUGCAGGACAGCCUCUGCAUGCCAGCAGUAUAGAGCUUUUGGAUAACCCAGGCUGCAAGGAGGUAAAUGCUGUAAAUUGCAAUACAAGCUGGAAAGUAACUUUGUUCAUGAAAUACAGUAGCUACCGAGAUGAUGUACUUAAAGGAGGAGAUGUUGUUAGACUGUUUCAUGCAGAGCAAGAGAAGUUUCUGACUUGUGAUGAAUAUGAGAAGAAUCAACAUAUAUUUCUUCGCACAACAUUGCGUCAGUCAGCCACUUCUGCAACAAGUUCCAAAGCACUGUGGGAAAUAGAGGUUGUACAUCAUGAUCCAUGCCGGGGAGGAGCAGGACAAUGGAAUAGCUUGUUCAGAUUUAAACAUCUAGCAACUGGGAACUACUUAGCUGCAGAGCUUAAUCCACAUUAUCCAGAGGGCAGUAAUGAAGGAAAGGUCCAGCAGAGAGAUGGAGACCUUCCUGCUUCAAAGAAGAAACGCCAAGCAGGGGAGAAGAUUAUGUAUACUUUGGUCUCUGUACCACAUGGAAAUGACAUUGCAUCUCUCUUUGAACUGGAUGCCACCACUCUUCAGAGAGCUGAUUGCCUGGUUCCAAGGAAUUCUUAUGUGAGACUGAGGCACUUAUGCACUAAUACCUGGGUGACCAGCACUAGCAUUCCUAUAGACACAGAUGAAGAGAGGCCUGUAAUGUUGAAGAUUGGGACGUGCCAAACAAAAGAAGACAAAGAAGCUUUUGCCAUUGUUUCAGUUCCUCUGUCUGAGGUCAGAGACUUGGAUUUUGCCAAUGAUGCCAACAAAGUGUUAGCAUCAACUGUUAAAAAGUUGGAGAAUGGAACAAUAACACAAAAUGAAAGGAGGUUUGUAACCAAGCUGCUGGAAGAUCUCAUUUUCUUUGUUGCUGAUAUACCUAAUAAUGGGCAGGAAGUUUUGGAUGUGGUUGUCACCAAGCCAAACCGAGAAAGGCAGAAGUUAAUGAGGGAACAAAAUAUCUUAGCCCAGAUAUUUGGGAUUCUCAAAGCUCCUUUUAAGGACAAAGGAGGAGAAGAAUCAAUGCUGAGACUUGAAGAUCUUGGUGAUCAGAGAUAUGCUCCAUACAAAUACGUGUUAAGGCUAUGUUACAGGGUACUCAGACAUUCCCAGCAGGACUAUAGAAAAAAUCAGGAAUAUAUUGCUAAGAACUUCUGUGUCAUGCAGUCCCAGAUUGGCUAUGAUAUUCUGGCAGAAGACACCAUCACAGCUUUGUUACACAACAACAGAAAGCUACUAGAGAAACACAUCACGGCAAAGGAAAUAGAGACAUUUGUUAGUUUACUCAGGAGGAAUCGAGAGCCAAGGUUCUUGGAUUAUCUAUCAGACCUAUGUGUUUCCAACACCACCGCAAUACCGGUAACUCAGGAGCUUAUCUGCAAGUUUAUGCUGAGUCCAGGAAAUGCUGACAUUCUCAUUCAAACCAAGCUGGUUUCAACGCAGAUAGACAAUCCCUUGGAAUGUUCAGUCAUCCCGGAUGAUAUUGACGAGGAAGAAGUUUGGUUGUAUUGGAUUGAUAGCAACAAAGAACCUCAUGGCAAAGCUAUCAGACAUCUGGCUCAGGAGGCUAAGGAAGGCACAAAAGCUGAUUUGGAAGUUCUUACUUAUUACAGGUACCAGUUAAAUCUAUUCGCAAGAAUGUGCCUUGACCGCCAAUACCUAGCCAUAAACCAGAUUUCUACUCAGUUGUCAGUAGAUUUGAUUCUGCGAUGCGUGUCUGAUGAAAGCCUUCCAUAUGACCUACGGGCUUCUUUUUGCCGUCUUAUGCUACACAUGCAUGUAGACAGAGAUCCACAGGAAACUGUAGUUCCUGUCAAAUAUGCCAGAUUAUGGACAGAAAUUCCUACCAAGAUCACGAUCCAUGAGUAUGAUUCUUUCACAGAUUCCUCAAGAAAUGAAAUGAAAAGGAAAUUUGCUCUGACUAUGGAAUUUGUAGAAGAGUACUUGAAAGAAGUUGUAAAUCAGCCAUUUCCUUUUGGGGACAAAGAGAAAAACAAACUUACAUUUGAGGUGGUACAUCUGGCUCGAAACCUCAUAUAUUUUGGCUUUUAUAGUUUCAGUGAGCUACUCAGACUUACUAGGACCCUACUAGCUAUUCUAGAUAUUGUUCAGGUUCCUAUGUCAUCAUACUUCGAAAGACUAAGCAAAUUUCAGGAUGGAGGAAACAACGUUAUGAGGACUAUCCAUGGUGUGGGAGAGAUGAUGACACAAAUGGUGCUGAGCAGAGGAUCUAUCUUUCCUAUCAGCACUCCUGAUGUACCACCAAGCAUCCACCCAAGCAAGCAAGCUAGUACUACGGAAAGUGAAGAUGUGAUUGUGAUGGACACCAAAUUAAAAAUCAUUGAGAUUCUGCAGUUUAUCCUUAGUGUUAGACUGGACUAUAGAAUAUCCUACAUGCUGUCUAUCUACAAGAGAGAGUUUGGAGAAAAUGGUGAAAAUGUUGAUAGCGCCUCAGUCUCUCCCCCAGACUCACCAGGGAUCGUCUCAGCGAUUGUUCCUGACAUAGAUGAAAUUGCAGCUCAGGCUGAAACCAUGUUUGCUGGCAGAAAAGAAAAAAAUCCUGUAGAGCUGGAUGAUGAGGGCAGCAGAACAUUUUUACGGGUUCUCAUUCACCUUAUUAUGCACGACUAUCCUCCUUUGCUAUCCGGGGCCCUUCACCUGCUAUUUAAACACUUCAGUCAAAGAGCAGAAGUUCUGCAAGCAUUUAAACAGGUCCAGUUGCUGGUGUCUAAUCAGGAUGUGGAUAACUACAAGCAAAUCAAAGCUGAUCUUGAUCAAUUGCGAUUAACUGUAGAAAAAUCUGAAUUAUGGGUUGAAAAAAGCAGCAGCUAUGAGAGUGGAGAACUGGGCGAGGGUCAGGCAAAAGGUGGUGAAGAGCCAGUAGAGGAACCAAAUAUUUUAAGCCCAGUACAGGAUGGAACCAAAAAACCACAGAUUGACAGCAAUAAGAGUAAUAAUUACAACAUUGUUAAGGAGAUUUUGAUUCGACUCAGCAAACUUUGUGUCCAGAAUAAAAAAUGUCGAAUUCAGCAGCAACGGUUGUUGAAAAAUAUGGGAGCCCACUCAGUCGUAUUGGACCUUCUCCAGAUACCCUAUGAACAGACUGAUGAGAAGAUGAACGAAAUUAUGAACCUAGCUCACAUUUUUCUCCAGAAUUUCUGUCGAGGAAAUUCUCAGAAUCAAGUUCUCCUCCACAAAAACCUCAAUUUGUUCCUAACACCUGGACUUCUUGAAGCUGAAACCAUGCGGCAUAUCUUCAUGAACAAUUACCAUCUGUGCAAUGAAAUUAGCGAGAGAGUAGUGCAACACUUUGUACACUGUAUAGAGACACAUGGGCGUCACGUGGAAUACCUGCGUUUUCUGCAGACAAUUGUAAAAGCAGAUGGCAAAUAUGUGAAAAAAUGCCAGGAUAUGGUAAUGACAGAGCUGAUAAAUGGAGGUGAAGAUGUGUUGAUAUUUUACAAUGAUAGAGCAUCAUUUCCAGUUCUCCUUCAAAUGAUGUGCUCAGAGCAAGACCGAGCAGAUGAGAGUGGACCUUUGGCUUACCACAUCACACUGGUGGAGUUGCUAGCAGCAUGUACAGAAGGGAAGAAUGUAUAUACAGAGAUCAAGUGUAAUUCACUCUUGCCACUGGAUGAUAUAGUGAGAGUGGUGACCCACAAUGACUGCAUACCAGAG